CUGUAAUACUUCGGGUAAUACACGUAAUUUUGUGUAAAGAUAAAUCAGUGAAUAAAAGCUGCAAUACAACAAACACAAAUUUUGAUUCCGUUGAGGGUGUGGUCCAGACCGUAUUGGCAUAUUAGUAGGUGCUUGGUAUAAAAAGGAUACGAGAAACUGUACAGUCAGUAAAUUCUCAGAACAAGUAGCUAAUCUCAUAUAGACACUGGUACUGUCACAACAGACAGUCAGAAUUUCCCGUGAUUUUGGAUUAUCUUUGAAGUUUGCUGCUACAUGUACGUCCCAUCAUGAAAGUAGCCACUACGAGACGCGAUAAAAUAGUGUGGUAACUAUAAAAUACACACUUUAAGAUAUAGGACCACUAACAGGCCACUGUUCAGAGUUCAGCUCGUGAAUACGUCGUUCGUUGUUGGACAUUUCAAAGAGUGUGACGACCGUCUGGAUCCUCCAGCACCUCAGUUGAGCAGCAGCCAGCGCUUCCAGCCUCCAGAGGUUGUCCAGCAGUUGUGACCGCGAUGCCUCUACCCAGUGGCAUGGCGCUGGCCUCGGCCGUGACUUUUGCGGCCAACUUCCUCAUCUACAAUGCCAUCGACUACACUCCGGUGGAGAAGGGCUACGUCACGGUGCAGACGGAGUCCGGGACCCUGCGCGGAGCCGUGCGGGACACCAUGGCGGGCACCCGCUACUACAGCUUCCGGGGAAUCCCCUACGCCGAGCCGCCGCUGGGGGACCUCCGAUUCCAGGCGCCAGUGCCCAAGUCCCCGUGGAAGGGCGUCCGGAAGGCGCUGUUCUUCGGCAGCAUGUGCCCCCAGCGCAAGGGCUCCAUCCCCUUGGGCCACGAGGACUGCCUCUACCUCAACGUCUUCACGCCGCAGCUGCCAACGGUGGAUCCGUCGCCGCAGCUACCUGUGAUGGUGUUCCUCCAUGGCGGAUGCUUCAGCGUGGGCGGCUCCAACUUCUAUGGCCCUCCCAACUUCGUGGAGAACGGCGUCAUCCUCGUCACCAUCAACUACCGCCUCGGCAUUCUCGGGUUCCUGAGCACGGGUGACGAGGUAGUGCCCGGCAACGCGGGUCUCAAGGACAUGGUGGCGGCCCUGCGCUGGGUGCGCCACAACAUCGCAGCUUUCGGCGGAGACCCAGAAAAUGUGACCGUAUUCGGCCAGAGCGCGGGGGCCAUUGCUGCCAACAUGCUUAUGUAUUCGCCACUAGCCGCUGGGCUAUUCCGGCGCGUGAUCGCGCAGAGCGGCGCCGCGUCCAUCGCCACGGGCAGCGCUCGCAACAUGGCGGACCGCAGCCGGCGGCUGGCGGAGGCGCUGGGCUACCGCGAGCAGGGAGGCGGCUCGCGGGAGAUGCUGCGCUUCCUGCGGGCGCUCAGCGCCAAGGCGCUCACCAGCAACGAGACCGCCGCGCUCUCGACAGAGGACGCAGGACGCGUCUUCACGUGCGCCUUCACACCAGCCAUAGAGCCCGACGUGGAGGGCGCCUUCCUCACCGACUCUCCCGCCGUCCUGCAGGAGCGCGGCAACUUCUCGCAGGUGCCGCUCCUAAUCGGCUCCACCAGUGUUGAGUGCCUCUUCAUCACACGCGUGAUGUCGCUGCCGUGGACGCUGCUGGGGGCGACGAGCGGCCAGCUGUCGACCGGCCGCGCCCUGGCGGACCUGAGCGCGCACUUCGCGGACCGCGUGGGGCCCGACAUCCCGCUGGACACCCCCGAGCAGCGCGCAGCCGCCGCCAGGGAAGUGCGGCGCUUCUACUACGGCUCCACCAGCCGGGACAUCACGGCCGCCGACUCUGUCGUCACGGCCAACAUGUUUUCAGACCUGCUGUUCAAUUCUGGAAUAGAUAAAACUGUGAGGAUGGUGUCCCAGAAGUCUGCAGAACCUGUGUUCUACUACCAAUUCUCCUUCAGCAACAUUCUCAACACAGUGAGGGGGUUUUCAGGAGCUUCACAUGCAGAUGAUCUACCAUACCUAUUCUUCUCUUGGGCUCUGCCACAUGGAUCUAAUGGGGCAGUAACUGGAGCAAGACUUGUAAAGAUGUGGACCAACUUUGCAAAGACUGGGCAUCCAACACCAGUACAUGAUCCCUUGUUACCCGUGAACUGGACCAGCUAUACAUUGGAACUGCCAAUUUACUUGGAUAUUGGAUCAGAAAUGCAACUAAAAACUGGGCUCAAGGAAAAAGCUAUGGACUUCUGGCACAAUCUAGUACCAUGACAUGAAGUGUACUUUGAAGCCAUAAAUGAUAGUGUCAAUCACAAUGAAAUACAAACACCAAAUGGUUUCUCACUGCAGGCAUUAUUUCUCUGGACUAUAUAUCAAAGUUAACUUGUUUUAUUAAUUUGUGUCACAAAUCUGACUGUCAGUAUGAAACAAUUAGACAAAAUGAAAGAAUAACACAAAUCAGAAAAUACAAAGCUACAAACUUUCCACGGCUAUCUCUUCUCCCUGUACGCUGGCAUGCAGUUUACAAUGUGAUGAUCAGAAAGAUGUGAAAAACAACUAAUGACAAGAUAUGUAGCACAGUUGUGUGUUUUCAUUCUUAGAUGCAGUAUUUUUCUACAGAGAUAAUUAGUGAAUAAGAAAACUUAUUCCAUGGAAGAUUAUAAAUUCAAACCACAAACUUGUCUGCUGAAGAUACAUUGCUUGAUAAGUCAACAUUCAGUAAGCAGCUCAAAUACAGUGGCUGGUAAUUUGAGAGAGAGCAGAAAAGGAGCCACGAUUUUCUUUUAACAGAAAUGAUCAAUUUUAAUCAAAAAUUUAUUUAAUGAACAUAUUCUGUUAUAAAUUACAGAGCAUUAAUUUUUACUGAUUCACACAUAUGGAAACACUUAUUGGUGAUUUCAUGUGUGAGAAUCCCUUCUGAUAAGACUGAUGUUUUUUCAUGAUGUUUGAAGUAUUACUUCAUAAAAAAGUUUGCAUUUCACCUUCAUAUAUUUUUAAAUUGUGAUUCUGUACAGCUGUAAUUUAAAUUUGCUUUGUAAGAUGAGCUGUAGCCAGAAAUAAUACAAACACAAAGUUAGCAUUUCAUUUCUAGCAGAGCACCGAGAGGACUGUAAGAACUAUACUUUUCACUCUCUCAAGAUAUUCUAGAAUCCUGGUUGUAUGUGGACAGCCAGUUCAUUUUCUCUUCAUGGCUGACUGAGUGGUGCAAAGUGAUUCCACUCAUUGCAGUGUACAGGGUGCCCAUAAUUAAAGUUCCAGUUUCAAAACACUGUAAAAAGUCUACCACUGCUCAGAAUGACAUCAAAUUUGAACAGCAUAUUAUUGACAGAGAGGGAAAUGUCAUGGAACAAAAACAAAAUUUAACAAAAAUGAGGUUGGCUAUAAAUGACAGAUGAAUCAUAAUAUGACAGCUCUGGUUUGAGUUGCACAUUACUCCAUCAACAUUGUUCAGUGUUCAGCACAACUCCAGCAGUCAACAGUUGUGACACUGUUAGGCAAGCCCAAUCACCAUGGUGAGGUCAUACCACAGAUGAUGGUAAAAAAGCAGUUCUUAACUGUCCCAAGGCCAAAAAUCGCAUAAAAAGCAAAAUGACAUUGGUUUUUAAUUGUCAUGAGACAGACACAAGACAUGUUCAAUAUACUGUCUAUCAUUUUCUACCACAAGUUGAAAUUGUGAAACAGCACGUCGCACAACAGAUCAGAGUGUCUUGGGGAUCACAUUCAGAAUGUGUUGUGCAAUGCAUAGCUUACAUUCAGCUACAGUCAUAACUGGAGCACUGAACACAAUUUCUUUAUUAAGAUCAGGUUACCUGGACAACCAGGCUGUAGGGAAAUGAGGGCUUAUAAUUCUACCAUUUCCGAAGCGCCUUUGCAGCGGCCACUUUAUUUGCUGUGCAAUGUGUGGAGGAGUGCAAUCUUGCAUACAAAUGCUCCUACCCACACAUCCGCACUAUUGAGGGGUUGAAAUGAAAUAGGUACACAAAAUUACUCUCAUAGCAUUUACCCACAGGACUCAUCUCCUCAAAAAAAUAUGGUCCUACGAUAGAUAAAUGAUGCCAUCAACCCACACUAAACCGUCACCUUUGCAGGAUGAAGUGGUACCGGUUGAAGUGCAUGUGGUUUUCCCAUUGCCCAUAUUAUGCAAUUCUGCAUACUGACAUGUCCUUGGAGUUGGAAGUGGACUUUGUCUGACCACACAAUGUCAGAGUGUUCCAUGGCCAUUCAUUGUCAACUUCCCUGUGAGCAAGAAAUUCCACAGUGAACUUCUGUCUCACUGGGUCAGCUAGAAGCAACUCCUGAACAUGGGUGAUUUUUUAUGGAUAGCCAUGCAGAAUGUUUUGUAGGAUUUUGUGCAGCUUGCUCGCAAGCAUAUCCAGUGUUCGGCAAUUCCCCCUGCAUGUUAGCACACCACUGCUCUCUCCGCGCCCCCCCCCCCCCCCCCUCCAGCAAUGCUGUGGCCACAUCUUAAAGAGAUGUUGGAUCACUUAGCAGACAUCAGAUCAAUGUCUUUUCAUACCCUGGAGUAUCUGGAACUGCUGCAGGGCUACUGGCACACAAUCACUGUUCUUAUAAAAGAGCUUUACCAGUAGCAUGCGACUCUUCAUGGAACCAUCAUGUUGGGUGUCAUGGACAUAAACUGAGGAACAGUUGUGUGCCAAUUGUCUGCUGGUGUGCAUAUUCUGACACCUACAGUGCUAUCUGUUGGUGAUGGAACUUUAAUUAUGGAAACCCUAUAAUAUUACAGUCUUAGAACAUUUGAUUACACACAACACUGUUGACAGGAUAAACUUCGGGGGAACAACAAGGAGUUAAUGGAAGGGGUAAAAAUAACAACUCACCACAUAACUGAGUCAUCGAGUGCUUGGUAGGCGAGUAAACAGGACUGAAAACAUAGCCGAGCUUUUGGAUGAAUCCUCCUUCAAAGCUAACAAAAUACUCUUGCACCCUAGAAUGGCUCCUAGAUGACAUUUUAAAAAAUCUUGUUAAUUUUUCUUGAGCUUCCACCUAGUUUGGUUCCGUUUCAUGUAAAAUGAGCUGUGUGAAAAUUAGGCUGAACAGAAUAAGGGGGAAUGGUGGCCCUGGGGCAUCAGAAAUUUAAAAAAGUCAGAAAAAAGAAAACAAUAUACUUUGGAAAAUAUUAUUUCUGCAUGACAAAUUCAUUCAUUACCUAAUGUAGGAAGAUAUUAACUUUAUCUUCCUGGACUUAAUGGAGUCUUAUUUCACACUGAUCAGGUGACAUGAUGGGUCAGUGACCCCAGGUUAGGUAGAGUGAGGGCAGCCAAGCCCAGCUGUUCCUUUUUACACCCAGUCAUCUUUCACUUUUGAGGGAAGGUAGCAGUUGUGGCAUGCACAAUCUUUUUAUCUUCAGUUCAUUUACAGUAGAUAAUAGAUUUAAUUCAGGAUUUGUCUACAAGAAAUUCAAGGUUUCCUUUUAUAAUCAGUGAAUGCAUAAAUUAAUUGUAAAUCAAAGUGCUACUGCAUAUCAAAUUUAAAAGCUUUGUAUCAAUAAUGGAGGUAACUACAAAUUAUGCUGGAAGAUCAUACAAGUGAAAAGAAACAGAUUCUUUUUCAAGAACUUGGGCAUAUAGUAUAUAAUGCUUCAGAGUUCAUUACUACUGAUAAAGGUAGCCUAAUUAUGAUCAAUCAACAGUUGAAAGGAGUGCCAAUGUUGCUGCAAGGAAUCAGGUGUGAGUUAUUUGAGAAAGAGAACUUCAAAUCAACCCAUGAAGAGGCUAGAAGAAAGUAAAUACAUACAAGAUUUAACAAUUUAGUGUUCAGUGAGUUACAUAUUUAUGUAUUUAAUAUAUAAGCUUAACACAUAACUGUGUUUGAAAAUACAAUAAAAUAAAUUCAACUGCCUA